AUGGAGAGGCAGAAGAGGAAACAAGAAAUAGAGAAAGGACUUCAGUUCAUUCAGUCCACAUUACCUCUAAGCCAAGAAGAUUAUGAGGCCUUUUUGCAGAAGCUGGUGAGAAACCUGUUUGCAGAAGGCAAUGAUUUAUUUCGAGAGAAGGAUUUCAAGCUCUCACUGGUACAGUAUGUAGAAGGUCUGAACGUGGCGGAUUACGCGGCCUCCGACGAGGUGACCAUCCCAAAGGAACUCCUCUGCAAGCUGCAUGUCAACCGAGCUGCCUGCUACUUUGCCAUGGGAUUGUAUGAGAAGGCACUGGAGGACAGUGAGAAGGCUUUGAGCCUGGAUGAAGACAACAUCCGAGCCCUGUUCCGGAAAGCCCGCUCCUUGAAUGAGCUUGGGAGACACAAAGAAGCCUAUGAGUGCAAUAGCCGGUGCCUGCUCUCCCUCCCACAUGAUGAAAGCGUCACACAGCUGGGACAGGAGCUUGCCCAGAAGCUGGGGCUGAAGGUUCGGAAAGCAUACAAAAGACCUCAGCAGGAGUUGGAAACAUUCUCUCUACUCAGUAAUGGCACGUCAAUCAAUUUGCCAAACCAGACCAGUUCCAAUGGAUUGGGUUCAAUUGAUGACAUCGAAACAGACUGCUCUGUGGACCUGCAGUGCCUGCCAGCUCCAGUGGCCGCCUCCGUGCCCGUAAGCGAGGGGCUGGCCCCUUUGCCCUCUGACUCAGAUGCAAAGGGCUUGCCCACCUCGCUCCCUGCUGCCAGCUUGCUCCCAGCUCCUGACUGUCCCCCCCUGCCAGUGUCUGAGAGCGUGGAGGACUUCACAGAUGGGGACAUCAUCGGGGAAGAACUGGACUCCCUCCUGGACUCCCUCGCCGAAGGGUCGACAUACUCUCUAUCUCUGGUCCAGGGCACCCUUCCCACCAACCUGCCAACAGAGAUGCCCCAGCUGAUCCCCGUGUUCCCAGGGGGCACCCCCCUGCUGCCUCCAGUGGUGACAGCCAGCAUCCCUGUCUCCACCCCCCUGCCUCCUGCCUCCUUCGGCCUGGUGAUGGAUCCCAGCAAGCAGCUCUCCUCCUCCUCUGUCCUGGAGACCUUCGAGGCCCAGCCAGGAGGAAGUGGUGGCUCCACCUUAGAUUCCCUGGAUUCCCUGGAUCUGCUCCCCUACACAGACACACAGCUGGAUGCCCUGGACUCCUUUGGGACAAACAGAGGGUCGCUGGAUGCCUUGGAUUCCUUUGCCACUGAAACUGGCCCUCAGGAGCUGCGCCACCCACCUGGCAGCCAAAAACCAUCCCCUGUGGUCAAUGUUGGUGGAGUGAGUCACCCACCUGUGCCCAAGGUCACCGAGCACCUGCUGUCCCAGCCUGAACCAGUAAUGCCCAACACAGCCCUGCUGGUGAAGAACCCCCUGGCAUCUACUCAUGUCUUCAAGCAAGCCUGUCAUAUCUGCUACCCUAAAACAGGGCCCAAGGCUGGUGACUAUACCUAUCGAGAGGGCUUGGAGCACAAGUGCAAGAGGGACAUCCUGCUGGGCAGGCUGAAGAACUCAGAAGACAAGACCUGGAAGAGGAUCCGUCCUCGUCCAACCAAAACCAACUUUGUAGGAUCCUAUUACCUGUGCAAAGACAUGCUUAACAAGCAGGACUGUAAGUACGGGGAUAACUGCACCUUCGCGUACCACCAGGAGGAGAUCGACGUCUGGACGGAGGAGAGGAAGGGCACCCUCAACAGAGACCUCCUCUUUGACCCCCUGGGUGGCAUCAAGCAGAGCAGCCUCACCAUCGCCAAGCUCCUGAAGGAACAUCAGGGCAUCUUCACCUUCCUCUGUGAGAUUUGCUUUGACAGCAAACCCCGGAUUAUCAGCAAAGGGACCAAGGACACACCAUCUGUCUGCUCCAACCUUUCUGCCAAACACAGUUUCCAUGACAACAAGUGUCUGGUCCACAUCGUGCGUUCCACCUCCCUGAAGUACUCCAAGAUCAGGCAGUUCCAGGAGCACUUCCAGUUCGAUGUGUGCCGGCACGAGGUGCGCUACGGCUGCCUGCGCGAGGACAGCUGCCACUUCGCACACAGCUUCAUCGAGCUCAAGGUCUGGCUGCUGCAGCAGUACUCAGGAAUGACCCAUGAAGAUAUUGUGCAGGAAUCAAAGAAGUACUGGCAGCAGAUGGAGGCACAUGCCAGCAAACCAUCCAACAGCAUGGCUUCUUCCCGGGCUCCCACAUCAAGCACCUUUGACCUCCAGAUGAAGUUUGUUUGUGGCCAGUGCUGGAGGAAUGGGCAGCUGGUGGAGCCAGAUAAAGACCUCAAGUACUGUAGUGCCAAAGCCCGCCACUGCUGGACGAAGGAGCGUCGGGUCCUGCUGGUGAUGUCCAAAGCCAAGAAGAAGUGGGUGUCUGUCCGGCCUCUGCCCUCCAUCCGCACCUUCCCCCAGCAGUAUGAUUUGUGUAUCCACGCCCAGAAUGGCAGGAAGUGCCAGUAUGUGGGCAACUGCUCCUUCGCCCACAGCCCUGAGGAGAGAGACAUGUGGACCUUCAUGAAGGAAAAUAAGAUACUAGAUAUGCAGCAGACCUACGACAUGUGGCUAAAGAAACACAACCCUGGGAAGCCUGGAGAGGGGACACCACUCACCUCCAGAGAAGGGGAGAAGCAGAUCCAGAUGCCCACCGACUAUGCUGACAUCAUGAUGGGCUACCACUGCUGGCUCUGCGGGAAGAACAGCAACAGCAAGAAGCAGUGGCAGCAGCACAUCCAGUCUGAGAAGCACAAGGAGAAGGUCUUCACCUCAGACAGUGACUCCAGCUGCUGGAGCUACCGCUUCCCCAUGGGCGAGUUCCGCCUCUGCGAAAGGUUCCAGAAGAGCAAGACCUGCCCUGAAGGGGAGGAGUGUCGCUGUGCCCACGGCCAGGAGGAGCUGAGUGAGUGGCUGGACAGGAGGGAGGUGCUGAAGCAGAAGCUGGCCAAGGCCCGCAAGGACAUGCUGCUCUGCCCCAGGGACGACGACUUCGGGAAAUACAACUUCCUAUUGAGGGACGGGGUCUAG